GGCGUCUUCAAAGUUUUUGAAUCAAAGGUGGCACCCUCCAAGAAGUAUUACAAUGUAAGGUAUCUUCAAGCGCUAAAAGACGCAGAUCGAGACGUUCAACAGUACGUCCUUUGCGUUCAACUUCUGCAGUGACCAAGCGUUGAACAUUGUGAACCAGUGCUUGCGAGAGGCGCAGCAUUUUAGCGAGAACGGUAACUGCUACGCCUUGUUCGGGAAGAGGCAGAGUUGGAACAACAACAAAACUCGCAUUGAGGAGGUGUGGACGGAAUUUUCGCAACUGCUAGACGGACCUUUGGCCCACGUGUGGGCUACGGAACCUAGCAAGGAUGCGGCCAGCAAUUUGACGGCCCUAUCUGCAGCGGCGAUCGCACGAAAAGGGGGCCGUGACUUCGGAGCCGAGUGCCAGCGCGGAUGGGCGCACUACACGGAACAGUGCCACGUAACCGCGACCAACGGGAAUAGCAUGUGGUGGUCAAUUAAGGCGAUAAGUACCAGCUAAUCAAAUAUUAUAAUUGUGAUUCAUGAUCUUUUUCAUCUUCUUCACAGCGGCCAAAGCCAAUCUUCUGAGAUGCUUUCUGAUGGAUUCUGAGAAGAAAGGUGAGCGUAAGAAGCUAUAAUCUAGAACAUGUACUACAUCUUUCUAAUUCAAAGUACUGUAGUAGGGACCACGAGUGCCGUGUUCGGCUCAAGGGCGAAAGCUUGCUCGCCAGCGGCCAGACUCUGCCUGGAGGGUCCUUCGGCUACAUGGGGGACGCGUGCUUGCAGCAUUGUCAAAUUGCGUAUGGCGAAGGGGGAGGCACAGUGGGGUUUCAGCCUAGCUGCCAGUUGUACGACUUAGCGAUGACGGCAACGAGGUGCUCCUACGUUAUCGGC